UCAAGCAUAUGCCAUAUUCACUGGGGUGAUACCAUAUUGCUAAAAUGAUCUACGGUAACUGCAGUUGCAUUUGCAAGGUUAUUUUUUCCUGCUGAAUUGAAGGUUGCCAUAAAUUGCACAGGCAGAGAUCACACCUGAUGUUGGCGGUGUUCCUAGAGCAAGUGCUUCCUGGCGAACUAGGGGAAGUCGAUUGGAACGAGAGCCAGCAACACAAAACAAAAGGUUCCGUUCAAGGGUGGAUGCACUACAUCGCUGGAACAACGGCUCGUCUUCACUGGCUAAAUUCGAGUCAGCAUUCCUUUCCAUCCAACCUACCGGCUUCGGAGGUUCUGGAAGCUGGGCGUAUAUGGCAGAUCAGGUGGAAGAGGUACCGCAGCAGCAACAGAGCAGCGACUCAGCGAGGCAAAACAAUUCACCCCGCUAGCGAAACGAGCACACGCGUGCCUGAAGCCCUGAACCAACAGGCAACUGGGGAAAUCAGUUCGGCAAAACCACCGGGCACGUCCGUGGGUUCGACACGCAGGUCCCCAGAAAGCACGUAGGACGUAGCGCCCCCCAUUUUCAGCAAGGUGGUGAGUGGGGGGAAGCUCCGCGCAGGUCCCCAGAAAGCACGUAGGACGUACCGUCCGUUGGCUACUUCGGCAAUGAUUCUCCCUCUUCUCUGUUCUCUGUCUUGAAGAACCUGGGUUGUGAGGACCAAACGCACAAUGGAGUGAACAAUCUUCCUGCUUCUCGAUCGGUGCCGCCCUUGCUCCUUCCAGCGAAGCCGAGCGACCUUCACUACUAACUGGACUUGCCUGAUUUCGGUUUCUUUCUCUGCCAGUACGGAAGCCUGACCUGAAGCCCUAAGGGGUGCAGAUCUUGCACGUUACACAUCAGGAUGUUGAAGUGAAUGCAUUCCGGUUGCUGUUUCAUGAGUUUCUUCUGGUGUUCCAUGAGGACUAUUGACACUCAUGGCAGAGACUAGAGACAUAGUUAAUUUGCCUACGCGCCUUGUUGUAUUGGAGUCAGCUGUUUGCUCCAAGAUGAACUUCCACAAGAAUGCCUUUCAUGACUAUGUCGACAUCCAGAAUGCAGUUCAAAGUGUCAUCGAAGAAAUGGGGAAGAUCCAGCAAGAACAUGAUGCGAGUAUCGCUGCAAAGGAAGAGCUCGCUAAAAAGAUUGAGGAGCAGGCAGCAGAGAUUGCAUCUCUCAAGAAAAAACUCAAGGAAAGCGAGGCAAGCGAUACAAUGCAACCGCAGGGAACCGUACAAACAAGAUCAAUCCAGAAAGAGGCACGGCAAUUUGAAGGGCAUGCUGGUGAAGUUGCUGAGGCGCAAGAGAUAAUGGAAGAUAUGUUUGGUAUGAACAAUGUUGAACAAGGUUUAAGAACAGAACUCGGGGAUGCCAGAAAGGAGAUUAUGGAUAUCCAAUCCAAGCUAAUCAAGGGAUUUCUUGAUAUGAGUGGUGCUGGCAGACAGAAUAUCACAAUAAAGUACAUGGGGCAACUGAACGAGAGACCAUUCCUACUUGCAUGCCUUGAGAAGCUGCCCCGCAGAGAAGCCGAAGUGGAAGCUUCUCGUCUGUGCAGGUUUUGGCAGGCGCAGCUCAUGAACCCAGAGUGGAAUCCCUUCAAGACCGACACAGUUGGAUGCUUUUCUGAGGAGACCAUGGAUGACGAUGAUGAGAUGCUGCAAGGGCUGCGGGCUGCAUGGGGUGAAGAGGUGUACGAGGCUUUGGUGAAUGGUUUCCUGGAAUUGAGAGACUGUGGCAGGCUGAGUGACAGAGCCAUUGUGCCGGUGCUUUGGAAUGUCAAGGAGGAAAGGAAGGCCGCUCUCAGUGAGGCUGUUGAGUACGUGUGCAGCCAAGCGAAGAGUCUCAGCGAAGCGAAUGGAAGGGCGAGUCACGGGAAAAGGGGGCGUCGUGGUGGAAGAACAUGAAGACUCUAAAAUGUCUAGGGCAGCGGCAUUGUCUAGGUAGAACCAGAGAAGUACUGACUCAUGGACCUUGUCAAGGAAACGAAACAUCAAUACACCGUCUCACAGAAGAACGUUACGAUUUGAUGUUCCGUAUUCAUUUGGCUCUAUCUGAAACGACCGUGUACUCGGCAUGUUUCGAACUUUUCAUAGUUUAAGCGUUGCAUUGAACUCUUUCAGCAGUAGCAAGCGUAAUUACUCUAAACUUGAGUUUCUUAUCACAUGCAAUGUGCCAGCAUGGGUGGUAAGAAAAUUAUUAUUUUUUCGAA